CUCUGUCCCCGCGAGCCGCGCCGCACCAUGGAGCCCGUGCCGCUGCAGGACUUUGUGCGCGCCCUGGACCCAGCCUCCCUCCCGCGCGUGCUGCGGGUCUUCUCGGGGGUCUACUUCCAGGGUUCCAUCUACGAGAUCUCUGGGAAUGAGUGCUGCCUCUCUACAGGGGACCUGAUCAAGGUCACCCAGGUUCGCCUCCAGAAGGUGGUCUGUGAGAACCCAGGGACGGGCCAGACCAUGGAGCUCGCCCCCAACUUCCAGGGCUACUUCAGCCCCCUCACUGGCCUCCAGAGCUACAGAACCCUGGAGGAGCUGGUCUCUUCUGCAACCCAGUGGUCCAAUCAGCUACCCAUUUGCUUCAUGUCAACCCAUAGCAUCGCCACGGAGGGCAGGGUGGUGCCUGAGGACCAGCCCCUCAUACUUGAGGCUGUGGAAAUGCACUUGGGGACCCUCUGUGCCCGCUGUCUGCUGGGCACAGGGGCCCAGCAGGUCAUUCUGCACCUGCCCCUGUCCCAGAAGGGGCCCUUCUGGAAGCAGGCGGCUGGUGGCCCCCGGACCCUGCUCCAGGCCUUGCAGGACCCAGCCCUGAGGGACCUUCCCCUCACCUGCCCCGCACUGCCCUGGAGCUCCCUGAUCCUGAGGCCCCAAUAUGAGGUCCACGCCAUCAUGCACAUGCGCAGAACCAUCGUCAAGAUCCCCUCCACCCUGGAGGUCGAUGUGGAGGACGUCACUGCCUCCUCCCAACACAUCCACUUCAUCAAACCACUGCUGCUGAGUGAGGCCCUGGCCCGGGGAGGCCCCUUUCCCCUGCCCACGGAGAUCCUGGAAGUUCCAGAGGGGCCCCCUGUCUUCCUCAGCCCGUGGAUGGGCUCCUUGCAGAAGGGCCAGAGGCUCUGGAUCCAUGGCCAGGCCACUCCAUCCUGGCGGGUUCUGGCCUCAAGCAAGGGCCGGAAGGUGCCCAGACACUUCAUGGUCUCCGGGGCCUACCAGGGCAAGCUGCGGCGGCGGCCAAGGGAGUUCCCCACGGCCUACGACCUCCUGAGUGCUCUCCAGCCAGGCCGGCCACUCCGGGUGGUUACCACCAAGGACUGUGAGGGUGACGAGGAGGAGAACCCCGAGUUCACCUCGCUGGCUGUGGGCGACCGGCUGGAGGUGCUGGGGUCUGGCCAGGCCCAUGGAGCCCACGGCAGGGACACAGACAUCUUGGUGUGUCGGCGGCUGAAUGAUGAGGCUGGGCAGGAAGAGGAAGAAGAGGAGGAAGAGUGCGGAGAGGAGACAGAGGACCAGGAACGGGUUCUGCUGCCCCUCUACACUCCCGGCGCCUUUGUGGAGGAGAUGAACGAUAGCCGGCGCUAUAGCCUAGCGGAUCUGACUGCCCAUUUCUCACUGCCCUGUGAGGUCAAGGUGGUGGCCAAGGACACCAACCAUCCUGCUGACCCUCUGGCCUCCUUCCUGGGCUUGCGGCUGGAGGAGAAAAUCACGGAGCCCUUCUUGGUGGUCAGCCUGGACUCAGAGCCCCAGAUGUGCUUCGAGAUCCCUCCCCGAUGGCUGGACUUGACUGUCGUGGAGGGGCAGCCAGGCCAGCCGGCUGGGUCUCUCCCUGUAGUCACAGUGGAGGAGCUGACAGAUACUUUCUACUAUCGCCUUCGGAAGUUACCAGCCUGUGAGAACUGCAUGCCUCCACCCAGGCCCCCCAAAAAUCGGGGCAUCAGUGGGCAAAAGAAACAGAGCAGCAGGGAGGAAGGCAUCAAGUCUUCUCAAGUCUUAGGACUGAUGCAACCCACUCAGCUGCCCAGAAUCAAGAAGACCACCUUGCCAGAGUUAACCAAGGACAGCUUUGAUGUGUACAGCAAGAUUCCUGCUCGUAAGAAGAGCUGCAGCCCCUCAAGGCCUAGAAUGCAGGACCCAGAUGAUGAUGGUGAUGAACAUGAUUACGAAGAAAUACUUGAAAAGUUUCCAAAAACCAUCUAGGUGCCGAAGGGACCAUGCUUCCUAACAGCUGCUUCUCAGGGAAUCCCAGAGAUAUGAGCCAACUGUUAUAAGCCUUUAAAAGCUCUUGGCCAAGGCCUCAUGGAAAUCAGACUGUGGACAAGGAAUGGCUGUGUGGAAGACACUUUGAAAGGGAUGGACACUGCACCAGCUUCCCUCAGGUUCUAGGCUCCUGCCACUGAAGCUGGCUUCUUUGAGCUCACUAUCUAGCACAUGACUCCUCCCUCAACCUUGAAGCUUUGGUAUCCAGAGGUUCCAGUGGGUUCUACUCAAUCCUGAGUCCCUACCAGUUGUUGCACUGGUCAGUGCAGAGGAAUGAGGCAGCCCACCUUGGUGAUGGCAGCAUAGUGCCCACCACCUCUCAGGACAGGCCAGUGGAUCCCACUCACACUGUCAUGAGAGCCUUUUACUAUGUUUGCCUCCCUCCUCCCACCCACCCUCAAUCCCAAGCUUAAAGCCCCGAGAGACCAGGACUAUGCCUUCUUCAUCUCUGAAUUCCAAGCACCUAGCACAUGAUAGGUACUUAGUAAAUCAGUGUUGUAUGAAUGAAUGUGGGAACUUGGCUUCAAGAACAGAAUCUUAGGACCUUGGUCUUCAAAACUGGUGGUAAGGCUAGGGGGAGCCAACUGAUAAAGAAGAACCUUAUGGGGAUCUGAGGUUGCAGAAAGCUGGUAGGUUUGAUCAGGUGGUCCUAAGUUAUUGCCAAAAAUGUAGGCGACUAUCCAAGAUUUCUUUCUAAAACUGACUAUCCAAGAUUUCUUUCUAAAACUGAGUUUCUGAACAAAUGAUAACAUAUAAUUUAUUAAGUUCUGCCCAUGUGUCAGAUCCUUUACAAACCCUAACUCCUCAACUCUGAGGUAGACAAUGGCUUGAUUGUAAAGAUUAGAAAAUAGGUUCAGAAUCUUCAGGGAGAAAGCACUUAAUGAGGCAUUGAUUUGGACUUUUUCCUAACCUCAAAACCAGGAGUGAAUAAAUCCCCAUUGUUUAAGCCAAACCACUGCAGCCAAAGAAACUAAAACACUAUACAACUCCUGCCAAGAUGCAAGGAAUUCAGUAUCACUGAGCAGCCAAAUAAAGCUUUAUAUCCCCAAUACUUUAGUAAUGGGCUGACAAAAUAGAUAUUUAGUAAUAAACCAAUAAACAUUUUUUGAAUUAAUGAAUAAGCAGUUUUUAAUAGCUAAACCAUCAUCUAAUUCUAUGAAAAGAAAAAAGACUUCCAGCCAGAACUGCUGCCAUUGCCUCACCCAUUUAAGGGAGUGCAAAUUCCUCAAUGCACUAGCCUCACUAGAAAGAGAAGUCCACCACCCAUAAAAAUACCCUACACGCAUUCCAAAUUCAAACACACGUGAUUUUUGUUAACCUGUUUUUAGCCACUGUCCUUUCUUUCUUUGAGGAAAUAAUCAAGAAUGAACAUACUUGCAAAUAAACACAUUGGUUGACUGAGUUUGGGUGUCUGCAUAGCUCCUAAGAUGAGAACCACUCAGCAGGUACAGAAAAGAGCAGCCAGAAUUUUUUUUUACUUUAGGAACCAGGAGGGUAUAGCCUUCACACAGCUGCUGGUAGAUCUCAUUUAGAAACACAAGUUAAAGCAGUUAUAGACUUCUCAUUUGCAUGUUACACCUCAUUAACUUAUCUCAGAAUAGGUUCUUCCGUUCAAGGCAUAGCUUACUUUCAGGAGUUGUCAAAAACAUCCUUCACCUAGCUCCCCCUCCCACAAGAAAGAGCUGAUCAGGUUGGAAUAGCUGCAGGCCUUUGGAAAGUCUCAUCUUGAGGUCAAAUGGUAGAUAUUGAUUGGAUUCAGUCACAUGAUCAUAUAUCGUUAAGGAUUUGAGAUUGAAGUGCAUUUAGAACCCAUAUUAAUGACAAUGCUAAAAGCUUUAAGACUUUAUUUCAUUUAAUCUUCAAAACAAGCUUAUGAGGAACUAACGCUGUUCUCUCUUCAUAAAUGAGGAAAUGGGGGCUCUCGGAGCUGAAGUAGCUUGCUCAAGAUCCUAAUUAAAAAGGGCAAGAUGAUUCCAUUUAUAUGAAAUAUCUAGAAUAAGCAAAUUCAGAGACAGAAAGUAGAUUAGAGGUUAUCACGGGCUGGGAAGAAGAGAAAUGGGAAGUUGUUGUUAAUGGCAAGAGUUUGUUUGAUGUCAUGAAAAGAUCUUGGUAAUGGAUGGUGAUGAUGAUGGUAGCUCAACAUUGUAGGUUUAAUUAAUACCACUGAAAUUACAAUAAAAUUGAGAAAUA